AUGGGGAGUUGGAAGGGACGUGCGCGGAUGGGGGAGCAGCGGAAGGAUGCGGGGUCCCGCAGAGGGCGGAUCGAAGGGCGGGUGGGGCGUGGGGACGGCUGCGGCGGGAGCGACGAUGGCGGCGGAGUGCCUGGAGGUGGGGCGGCGACUGCAGCAGGCCAUGUGGGACAUCGAGCAGCGGUGAGCAGCGAGCAGGGAGCGGUGAGAGCAGCGGUGAGAGCAGCGGUGAGAGCAGCGGUGAGAGCAGCGGUGAGCGGAGCGGUGAGAGCGGCGGUGAGAGUGGCGAGUGGGGGAGAGAAGGGAUGGGAUGGCAGAACAAGCUGUGGCGUGGAAGUGGUGCAGAAGAGGAGCGCACUGCUUCCUGGUGCUGCUGGCGAAGCUGCUGGCGGGCAGGACACUCACCUGUGUCCCCACCGCGCCACUGUUGCCCCCACCACCCCGGCCCCCCUUCUCUCCCCCAGCUACGGCGUGGACGUGGUGCAGAGGAGCUUCGCGUUUGACCCGCCGCUGCACCGCUUCCUGGUGCUGCUGGCGAAGCUGCUGGCGGGGCGGGCGCUCACGGUGGUGGCGGUGGGCGGCUCCAUCUCCGCCGCGGGCCACCUGCCGGGCGGCGUCAUGCACGGCACCGGCACGUAUGGCCAGGCGCUCGUUGAUUGGCUGCAGCAGGUGUUCCCGACACCGCCCUCAACCCCUCCGCACCGUCUCAUCCGGGCCUUCCUGCCCGGGGCGGGGUCAUUCGUGCUGCACUUCUGCACGGGGGAGCUGGUGGGGGCGCUGUGGGCGGACGGGGACGAGCAGCGGCGCGCAGCGGGGGAGGCGGACAUAGUGCUGCUGGAGUGCGCCGCCAAUGACUGGUCCGUGCUGCAGCCCGGCAUGACCCCGCCCCCAGAGGGCACACAGUACGCAGCAGCGGAGGGUCUGGUGCGUCAGGUGCUACGGCUGCCAUCGCACCCGCUGGUGCUCUUCCUCAACUUCGGGGUCUUCCAUCCACACCACCCGCUGCUCUCCGCCUUCCACCACUCCGCCGAGGCGCUGCUCAACCACCUCUCAGCCUACUACAGCGUCCCCGCUGUCAGCCCCUGGCGAGCCUACUUCCCCCUCCUUGCCACCGCAGCGUCCCCAACCUGCCCCGCCUCGGACGAACCUUCUUCCGAGCCUGCCGCCAAGCCUCGCGUGCUGUCCCCGCCGUCAUCUGAGCCUGCGGAGAACCUGACGUGGGCGCACAUGUUUGUGGACCGCGUGCAUCCCUCGGCUGCCGGCCACGGCAUGGCAGGCAGCCUGGCAGCCCACCGCAUCUUCUCCCUCGCCCUGCACUACCUGCGUCGUGAGGGCCUCGCUGUCUCCCGCCACCACCUGCGCCUCGACUGGGUGGAUGGCAAGGCGGCCCCCUCCACCCAGUCCGCGCUCCUCUGCCCGCCCACCUCCCUGUGCCGCAAGUGCUUCGGUGACCUGGGCUUCUCGGCCCUCGGCCCGCCACUCUCGGCGCCCUGCAUGCUGCCGCCGUUGCAGAGCGCGGCCGACCCGCACCCACGCUGUGUGCUGGGCAACACCUGGAACGUCACGGCCGUGGGCGCAGUAGAGUUCCCCGAGGGGUACACGGCUGUUAGAGAGGCUGCUUCUAAAGGGGAUGCGGCGAGUGUAAAGAGGAUUGCGGAGGCGAAUGCGACAUGGGUGCAGGAGGCGUGUGGACCGCUGGUGCCGCAGAUCCUGUGCUGGAAGGCCCAGGCUGCCCGCGCUCCUCUGCGUGUGGCUGUGGAUGUGCGGGGGGCUGCACGGGGCAUAGGCGUGGUGUACAAGAUGCUGGACUGGCAGAAGCAGGAGCACAAGAUGGACGGUGCAGAUGUAAAGAAGCUUCCGACCCACUCGAAAGUUGAGCUGUCUCAACACGGGUGCGGAUCUGGUCGGAGCUCGCGCUCUUUACAGGAAGCCGGGAAGGAGAAUUCCUGGAAGGCCUGA